GAAAGAAUAGAGCGAGGAAUUUCAGUUCAGCCCACUUUAUUUUCUUCCUCAGGAAGUUGAGCCAGAUUUCCACUGAAAUUUGGAAACUUCCACGACCAUUUUCCUCCGAAUCCCCACAACACCCAAAAUAAAAUUGAAAAUGCAAUUGACUUCCAACCAAAUCUCAGACCAAUUCAUCAAUGUCGGUUUGACAUGAAUCCGGAUCUCAGCCAUCUUGCAUUUACGAAUAAGCUUUACUAAUAUAACAACAAUGGCUCGGAUCUUCGAGCACUUUGUGGUUUGUGGGAUUGGUCCGGAGAUUCGAACCCUUGACGGGGACAAGGGCUUUCAUGGAACCGGCGUCACGUACCUGCCUUCUCUGCUCGACCAAUACCCUCCACCCAACCACUCCCUCUAUCCUCCUCCGCCGCCUCAGCUCCCCACCUGUGUUCUACCGGCUGGGGUCGAGUUUUAUUCAUCUGGUUUUGAUGCUAAUGAUGCUUUAACUUCUCCGAGGAGCUACCCGAUUGUUUUAACCGAGGGUGAUGGAUCAAAAAUAUAUGUUAGUUGCAUUGCUUUUCGGGAUCCAGUCAGUGAGGAUAUUGCUGAAGCUUACCGUAUACCGGCAAAUUCUUUUGCUGAAAAAUGUAUAUGUCUCAUUUCACGCUUGCCAAGUUUUCAUGCCCUUCGAAGUGCACUUGAGGAACUAUUUGCACUUUGCUUUUCCGCAAAUGGAAGUAGCAAGCCAUUAUGGGAUGUUAUAGCACAUAUGGUGUCCAAUGUACCUUUGCCUACACCUGGAAGGGAUCGAGUUUUAUUUGCUAUAGAUAAUUGCCUGCUUUCUGUGGAGGCUCCACCCAAGGAUGGUCUCCCACAUGCUGAUAUAUCAUUUCAACCACUUGUACAGUGCUUGGAUGUUGACAACUUAAUUGAACUUUUUACUGCUGUGUUGCUUGAAAGGAGGAUUUUGCUUCGAUCAAACAAGUAUUCGCUUUUAACUCUUGUAUCGGAGGCCAUAUGCCAUUUAAUUUAUCCAUUUCGGUGGCAGCACGUCUACAUUCCACUACUAUUUUUCAGUGGAGUAGAUUACAUUGAUGCUCCUACACCAUAUAUGAUGGGUCUCCAUUCAGGUGUUGAUACAUCUGCUCUCACAAUGGAUGGCGUAGUUGUGGUAGACCUGGAGUAUAAUCGUAUCACCACAUCAGAAGAGAUUCCCACUAUUCCAGAGCCAGAAUUAAGCUCUUUGCGUGAUGAGAUCACAAAGUUGUUGUGCCCCAAUGUUGUGGGGAUAGAUCAGAUGAAGGGUGGCCCUUAUAAUACUUCUGAGCAAUUAUCUAUACGUGGCAACAAACCUUGGGGAGAGGACCAUGACCUUCAACUUAGGUUAAUAUUCCUAAAGUUCUUCGCUUCACUUCUAAGUGGCUACCGCAAUUUCAUUGAAAACACAGCAAAUCAUGUCUUCAACACUCAAGCAUUUCUAAAGAAGCGCUCUCGGUCAACCAACCAACCGCCUGAACCUAUGAUAACACAAUUUCUAGACUCUCAUGGUUUCUUGGAUUAUCUGGAGAGAGGUUUGGGUUCUGGUGAAAAUCAAAAUAAUCUCCUUGACAAGUUACAAGAUGCAAUUGGAAGGGGUCAAAAUCCUAUUUCUAUACUUCCUUCAUCUUUGGUAGAGCCUGAGAUUAUAACAAUAUCUGAUCCUGAUGUGGGACUAUCAGGAUCAGGUGCCAAAUAUACUUAUGACCGGUUUCCUUCAAAUUUUAGAACAGAAGAGCAAGAAGAGAAGAGGAGACAGAUUCUUGCAGCAGCAAGUGGAGCUUUUGAAUACUCUGGAAAGCAUAUUCCAAGUUCUCCUUCCAUGCUGGCGGUUAAGGAUUCAAAAGCAGAAAGUCUCAGUCCAAUGGAGAGGGCUGCUGAAAGGGAGCGCAUGGUUUUGGACAUAAAAGUUAAGCUGCAGGGAUUGUGGCUGCGUCUUCUGAAAUUGGGGGCAACUGAUGAUCCCCUUUCAUCUUUUGAAUAUGGCACAAUUCUGGCUCUGAUUGAAUCUGAUGCAGAGGGAAUUGGUGGUAGUGGGUUUGUUGAAUGUAUAAGUGAGCAUAUACACUCAGGGUGGCACUGUCAACUGACUCAGGAACAGUUUAUUGCAGUGAAAGAAUUACUCAAAACGGCAAUCAAUCGCGCAACAUCUCGGAAUGAUUUAAUUACAAUUAGAGAUGCGCUUGAAGUCUCUGCUGAAAUGCAUAAGAAAGAUGCUAAUAAUGUUUCAGACCACAUCCAACGCCAUCUUAUAUCUCUCUCAAUCUGGGAGGAGUUGCGAUUCUGGGAAGGAUACUUCGACUAUCUAAUGGAGCGCUCUUCAAGCAAUUCGGUAAAUUACGCAUCUCUGGUCACUGCACAGCUGAUUGCGGUGGCAUCACACAUGGUUGGGUUGGGACUUCCUGAUAAUGAUGCGUGGUAUAUGCUUGAAACAAUAGCAGAUAAAAACAGUGUUGGAUACAAGCAGUUUAUUAAACUUAGAGGAUUCCUGUCACAUACCCAGCAACUACGUAUCGCAUACUGGGGAAUCACUUCUACAAAAUUCCAAUCCAUGUCGUCUCUAGGAUUACCAUCCCCACGUUCAAAAGAGGAAACAGAUGAGAAUCAACCACCUGCAGAGGCUUCUGGUGUUGGAAGGAGCUGGGUUCAGAGCAUGUUCAGCAGAGACACAGCAUCCAGAACAAACUCUUUUAGUCGCGUUCGUAGAUGGGCUUCUGAUGCUGGCAAUGCGGACACAAAUGAGAAUGGGACUCCUCGCAAACAAGAUCUAUUGGCUGGAGGGCAUAAGAAAAUUCAAACCAAUGUUCGUAUACUUAGGGGUCAUAGUGGUGCUGUUACUGCUCUACAUUGCGUGUCAAGAAGAGAGGUGUGGGAUCUGGUGGGUGACCGUGAAGAUGCAGGCUUCUUUAUCAGUGGAAGUACAGACUGCUCUGUUAAGAUCUGGGAUCCUAGUCUUCGCGGUUCUGAACUUCGGGCAACUUUGAAAGGACAUACAAGAACCGUCCGUGCAAUAAGUUCAGAUCGAGGUAAGGUGGUAUCAGGAUCUGAUGACCUGUCUGUUUUAGUAUGGGACAAACAAACAACUCAGCUUUUGGAAGAGCUAAAAGGCCACGAUGGACAGGUUAGUUGUGUGCGCAUGUUGUCAGGCGAGCGUGUCCUCACUGCUGCCCAUGACGGUACUGUGAAGAUGUGGGAUGUUAGAACUGAUACAUGUGUGGCAACAGUAGGCCGUUGUUCAAGUGCAGUUCUAUGCAUGGAGUAUGAUGACUCAACAGGAAUCUUGGCUGCGGCUGGCAGAGAUGCGGUUGCAAAUAUCUGGGACAUCCGUGCAGGUAGGCAGAUGCACAAGCUGUUAGGGCACAGCAAAUGGAUUAGGUCAAUAAGAAUGGUUGGCGAUACCUUAAUUACUGGUAGUGAUGAUUGGACAGCACGAGCGUGGUCUGUUUCACGGGGAACGUGUGAAGCUGUUCUAGCAUGCCAUGCUGGUCCAAUAUUAUGUGUUGAGUAUUCCCCAUUGGACAGAGGAAUAAUAACAGGUUCAACUGAUGGGCUGCUGCGGUUUUGGGAGAAUGAGGAGGGUGGUAUAAGGUGCAUGAAGAAUGUUACCAUACAUACUGCUGCUAUAUUAUCCAUCAGCGCUGGGGAACACUGGUUAGGUAUUGGAGCAGCUGAUAAUUCUCUGUCUCUCUUUAAUCGGCCCCAAGAGAGACUUGGUGGCAUCUCUAGCACAACUUCAAAAACAGCAGGCUGGCAACUCUACCGUACUCCACCAAGGACAGUUGCCAUGGUACGGUGUGUGGCUUCCGACCUUGAGAGGAAAAGGAUAUGCAGUGGUGGUCGAAAUGGACUUCUUAGGCUGUGGGAAGCCACCAUCAACAUUUAAAUGUUUGUUGUAUUUUAUUCCUGUUGUGUAGUUGUCGAAAGGAUCACGAGGGAAAUGGUUGUGAUGGCUUUUCUUUGUAUUUCUUUCAAUUUGUUUAUGUAAUUUGUAAGUCUGGCGAAAUCCUAAUCUUGCCUCUGGGCUGCUUUAGCGUUAUUGUUUGCAUUGUUUGGUUCAUUCAUUUAUACAAGUGCCUGUAAUUCAAUAUAUAGGAAGUUUUGUGUCAAUGUUUGCCUCGAGUGUUUUAUGAUGGGAAGAGGAUUGCUAUGCAGAUGAUUGUAUUGUAAUGUGCAGAUGAAUUAUUCUGAAGUGAUGAA